GGGGUGAAGGGGCCUCGGUGGGCCCUGGGCAGGCGGGCCUGGCGAGUCUGUUGCGUUCCCGUCUGUUUUUUAUAAUGGGCUUUGAUUCUUCCUGUCUGUGGAGGGCUUUCCUGGUUUCCUCAUCACAGGAGGACAAUGGUGCUUUGUUUUCUGAGCAGAACACUUCAACUAGCAAGACAUUCAUCCAGUCCACUGGGAAGACAGCUCUGUGCAGCCAGCACAAAUAAGCCAGUGUUGACUUUAUUCACCAAGAAACCAUGUCCUCUAUGUGAUGAAGCAAAAGAAGUGCUUGAGCCGUAUAAGAGAAGGUUUAUUUUGCAGGAGGUGGAUAUUACCCAUCCAGACAACUCGGUGUGGUAUGAUAAAUACAAAUAUGACAUUCCUGUUUUUCAUUUAAAUGGGAAGUUCCUAAUGAAGCAUCGAGUAGACAUUCAAAAGUUUGAGGACCGGCUUGCGAAGCUAGAGUUGCAAAAUGAGAGAAACCAAUGAAGAAAAUGCAUCUGCCUCUGGUGUGAAUCUGAAAGGACUGUGCAAUGUAAAUUGUGUGAAAAAGCAGUAUUAAUUAUCUGGCCUUAUGUUUCUUAGAACCUAUGUUACCAGUGUCCUAAAACUCUUGAGUGACUUUUGUGCUGUUUUGUAUUAAUCAUUCAGCCCAGCUGCACCAGUAGCAACCUCUUCUUUACCACUCAUUUGCUGCUAAUCUAGACUGGCUUUUUGUUAAUACAAUAAAUGCUGCUCUGUAUCAACAGA